UUCAGAUUGCUCUCAACUUUCGUAGUACAGGGAAGCCAUUAAACAAAGAAAUAGAGAAGUGAUAGAUUUUUCUUAGAAAAGUAUCAUUGAAACGAAUAAUAUAUGACUAAUAACGAAACACGUGACAUUGUUCUUUAACAUACGGUAAAGAUUUUUCGAGAAUUGUGUAUUAUACAAAUUUUGAAAGAUACAGGUUUUUCAAAGAAGCUGCAAUGUAUUCAUCUGGGCAUCACUGCUAAAGCAUUGUCUCAACAUCGUGGCAUGUUUUCACAGUGCACAAAAGAUCCGAAGGUUGAGAACCUCUCAUUUUUGUAUGUUAAUCUUUUUUAUUUCCUUUAAAAAUAAGUGUUUUUCAAAUAAAAUGUUCCCAUCUUGAAAUCUAUUACAUAGAAACUGUUCUGUAUUUGCAUUAAACAAUGACAGAAUAUUUUGAUUUACCACUUAAUAUGGACAGAAUAUGCAGAAUUUGCCUUACAGAGGGUACUAAUUUAUCUCCUAUCUUCUGUACGGAUCAAGAAGUAAAUGAUUUUUCGAGCCUUCCACAAAAGAUACAAGUUUGUGGUUCGAUAGAAAUUCAUGAACAAGAUGGAUUACCUUCAUUAAUUUGUGAUAUCUGUAUCUAUAAAGCAAGUGUUGCUCAUGAAUUUAGACAACAAUGUCAACAUUCUGAUGCCAAAUUGCGAAUGUAUUAUAAUAAACCAACUAAAAUUACUAUUGUGGACACAUUUACACAAACUGAAUCUGAGAUAAGAACAUUAUUAUCAAAAAAACAAAUUGAUCAAGAUUAUUUUGUGAAAGAAGAAAUGCACGGAGUAUCAAAUUCUCAAGAAUAUAUACAAACUAAUGACUCAUAUUGUAGAGAUGAAUCUAACUUAAGCACCAACCAGAUUGAUAUGCAAAAUGAAAAGCUUUUUAUUUGUUCUAUCGGAUUUGAAGGAUCUAAAGAAAUUGAAAAGGAAUCUUGCACUUCAGAGAAUAAUAUACAUGAAACAUCUCUCACACAAGAAAGUAACAAUGAUAUUUCUGAAACUAUUGAUAUGGAAAAUAAACCAGAAGAAAACCAAGAUAUCAAUCAAAAUCCAGAAGAGGAUGAUAAAAAACCAGAGGAGGAAUUCUUUGAUGACAAUAUGUUAAAUGAUAAUGUCAAAGAAGAAGAAGAAGUUUUACAGAAACGUACUUCUACUAGGAAAGUAAAAUCAGUGCCUAAUAAAACCUAUAGCGAAGAUGAAAUUCAUAAUAAUUAUUAUGAUUCAAGCAAUGAUGGUCAAGAUUCUAGAGAAUUAAAAUUUAAAUGCAAAGUAUGUGCAAAAUGUUACAGCACACAAAGAGGUUUAAAAAAACAUUCCCUUGUUCAUGAAAAAAAACAUAAAUGCAAUGUUUGUUCAAAAAUGUUUUAUAGAUUAGAAAAUAUGGAAAAUCAUAAAAAAAUACAUGCAUCAAAACCUCUUGCAUGUCAAUUGUGUCAUGCAUGCUUUUCUAAACCUCAAAGUCUUGUGCGUCAUUUAAAAUCUCAUACUGAAAAAGUAAAUAACAUGAUUAAACAAAUUAGUACAGAUGAACAAAAGGAUAACAAGCAACCAAAAAAAGAAAUGAAAUUUGAAGAUGAUACUGAUGAUGAAAAUGGUACUGUGAAUGAAGUCUAUGAUUUUGAAAAUGCACCUGAGUUGUACAAAUGCGAAAUUUGUAGUCAAUAUUGUUCGUCUUUAAAAAAUCUGAAAAGACAUACUCUCGUACAUGGAGAUAAAAAAUAUUCCUGUACUGUAUGUAAAAAAUGGUUCUUUAGGCCUGAUACAUUAAAAAAACAUGCAGAAAAACAUGGUCAUGGCUUACUAGACAAUUUAGUAGAUGAUAAUAAAUUUUUUGAUUCUGAUGAUGAUUCCUUUCCAAGUACUACGCAAAGCACUUUACAAGAUAAUGAAAAUGUUAAAAAAGAAGAAAGUGAUGAAGAUGAAUCUGGUGAAUAUAAAUGUCAACAUUGUGAUAAAAUUAUGGCAACAAAGAAAGGUCUUAGACGUCAUGUAUCAAUGCAUAAACCAAAAGCUGAACCAGUUACUUGUGAAAUCUGUGGAAAAGUAUGUGCUAGUCAAGCUCGUCUUGUUCUUCAUCAAAGAACACAUAAACCAAAAGAAAAGGUUCCACGAGAAUACUUGUGUCAUAUUUGCAGUAAAGUGUAUCCAAGUAAUUCUUCUUUAACUUAUCACAUGAGAACUCAUACUGGUAUUAAACCACACGUGUGUAAAACUUGCAAUAGUGGAUUUACUACAACGACUAGUUUAGCAAAUCACAUUAGGAUUCAUACAGGUGAUAAACCAUUUGUUUGCCACGUAUGCAGUGCAGCAUUUGCUGUGAGUUCAGCUUUUAGACGACACUUAACACGACACACUGGAGAGGCAAAUUAUUUGUGUAAAACAUGUGGCAAAGCAUUUAAAAGACUAAGUACAUUAAAAGAACAUACUUAUACUCACUCUGGAGAAAAACCAUAUGUUUGCAAAACUUGUGGGGCUGCUUAUAGUCACAGUGGCAGUUUGUUUGCACAUCAGAAACGUUGUCGAGCUCAAUAUGGAGAGAUGGUUGUAGAUGACCAUCAUCACACAGUUGCUCAUCAUAUUCAUGUAAAUAAUGUGCAAUCUGCAGUACGAUCACUUGCUGUGAUAGGACAAAUGUUUUAAUAAAUAAGAUUCAUAAUUUCAAAAAAAAAAAAAAAAAAAAAAAAAAAAAAAAAAAAAAAAAAAAAAAACCAACGGUUUUGCUUGUAC